CGCCGCUUUCGACGUUCCGACGCCAACACGAGCGCCCUUCAUUCUCAAAUCUCCAUAGCUUCUGCAACAACUUCAUCCCACAAAUGGCUGAGUCGUUAGCACUACUUUCUUCUUCUGGAAACCUGCAGAGCCAUGUCCAAGGAAAUCAUCGCCGCCUGGGCUGUUUCCCCGCAACAAGAAGCCCGCCGCCGCGCCGCCUGAAACUUCCGGCCAAAUCCAGAGUAUUCGCCGCCUCCGACGAAAUCCCCCGGCGGUGGUACAAUCUAAUUGCUGAUCUUCCAGUAAAGCCGCCGCCUCCACUGCAUCCCAAAACGUUCGAACCGAUUUCGCCGGAGGACCUGUCCCCUCUUUUCCCCGACGAAUUAAUCAAGCAAGAGACAACACUCGAAAGAUUCAUCGACAUCCCUGAAGAAGUCAUCGAUGUCUACAAACUCUGGCGCCCCACCCCUCUCAUCAGGGCGAAGCGGCUGGAGAAGCUGCUCGACACGCCCGCCAGAAUCUACUACAAAUACGAAGGCGUAAGCCCCGCCGGUUCGCAUAAACCCAACACGGCCGUGCCGCAGGUUUGGUACAAUGCACAGCAAGGCGUCAAGAAUGUUGUCACGGAGACCGGCGCCGGCCAGUGGGGCUGUUCUCUGGCGUUCGCCUGCUCCUUAUUCGGUCUCAAUUGCGAGGUGUGGCAAGUCCGCGCAUCGUACGAUCAGAAGCCGUAUCGAAAACUGAUGAUGCAAACAUGGGGCGCAAAGGUGCACCCUUCGCCGUCGACUAUAACCGAGGCCGGUCGAAGAAUACUUGAAACCGACGCCUCGACCCCGGGGAGCUUAGGUAUUGCCAUCUCCGAGGCUGUCGAGGUUGCGGCUGCGAAUCCGGACACUAAGUACUGUCUAGGGAGUGUUCUCAACCAUGUCCUGUUGCAUCAAACCGUGAUCGGCGAGGAGUGUAUAAUGCAGUUGGAGGCUAUAGGAGAGUGUCCCGACGUAAUCAUCGGAUGCACCGGCGGAGGAUCCAACUUCGCGGGGCUGGCUUUCCCGUUCCUCAGGGAGAAGCUCGUCGGUGGGAAGAUGAAUCCGGUGAUCAGGGCAGUUGAGCCGGAAGCGUGCCCGUCGUUGACGAAGGGCGUGUACGCCUACGAUUAUGGGGACACGGCUGGGAUGACUCCGUUGAUGAAGAUGCACACUCUCGGCCACGAUUUUAUACCGGAUCCUAUUCACGCCGGGGGCUUGAGGUAUCACGGCAUGGCGCCGUUGGUUUCGCAUGUGUACGAAUCGGGACUCAUCGAAACUCUUGCGAUUGCUCAGACCGAAUGCUUCCAAGGUGCGAUACAAUUUGCAAGGUCAGAGGGGCUGAUCCCGGCGCCGGAGCCGACUCAUGCGAUUGCGGCGACCAUCAGAGAAGCGCGGCGGUGCCGGGAGACGGGGGAGUCGAAGGUGAUUCUGAUGGCCAUGUGUGGGCAUGGUCACUUUGAUUUGCCUGCCUACGACAAGUAUUUAAACGGCGAGCUCGUCGACUUGUCGUUUUCGGAGGAUCGGAUUCGGGCAUCUGUGGCUGCCUUUCCUCGGCCUAGUUAGGAGGAUCGUCGACGUCCAUUUUAGCUUAAACUUGGUGAAAUACUAUAUUAAUGUUGUGAUGAUCGAUCUUCUGAUCUACACAGUGCAAGAACAGAUAUAACCAGUUCUUAUUACGAGUCGAAAUUUCUGUGACAAUUUCCAGUUUUCUGAGUAGUUAAGAAUAAGACACUCUCUCCCUUUGUUCAAUUUAGACGAUGAAUGUUGUUUGAAUCAUGAUCAGGAUGUGUGCUAUUGAGAGCACCUUGAAUAUUAUUUUAUUUUAUUUAUAUUUAUUCUAUUAA